GAGCUGUCUCAGACAAAGUGCAGAAGCCCAAAGGUUUUCUUGAAGGGUCAGCGCACACAGUUCUAGAACCCAGAAGCAGACGGUAAGACCUUCCGCACAGAGCCUCUCUCCAGUCGCUUAAAAAAAAAGAAAGGAUAUAAUUUGGAAGCACCGAAGGGGGCAAUGGAUUACCAGUCGAGCAUCAUCCGGGACUCUAACCCCAUGGAGAAUCUGGAGAAACAGUUGAUUUGCCCCAUCUGCCUGGAGAUGUUCUCCAAGCCUGUGGUGAUCUUACCUUGCCAGCAUAACCUCUGCAGGAAAUGCGCCAACGAUGUCUUCCAGGCUGCUAACCCGUACUGGCAAACGGCCCGGGGGACUACCAUAUCAGGGGGGCGCUUCCGCUGCCCCUCCUGCCGCCACGAAGUCAUCCUGGACCGCCACGGAGUCUAUGGCCUGCAGAGGAAUCUACUGGUGGAGAACAUCAUUGAUAUCUACAAGCAGGAGUAUACCAGCCGACCCCUGAAGAAGGGAAACCACCCAAUGUGCAAGGAACAUGAAGAUGAGAAGAUCAACAUCUAUUGCUUAACUUGUGAGGUGCCCACCUGUUCCAUGUGCAAAGUCUUUGGGGCUCACAAAGACUGCGAAGUGGCGCCCCUUCAAAGCGUCUUUCAGGGCCAAAAGACGGAGCUGACCAACUGCAUCUCUAUGUUGGUGGCAGGCAAUGACAGAGUACAGACGAUCAUAAACCAGCUGGAAGAGUCGUGCAAAGCCACGGAGGAGAAUGGCCGGCAGGUCAAGCAGGACUUGUGUGAGAAAUUUGAAGCCCUCAUUGCCACUGUAGAGGAGAAGCGGAGUUGGCUGCUGGAGCGCAUCUCCAAGGCGCAAGAAGAGAAAGUUGGUUUCAUGCAGAACCUCAUCCAGCAGUACAAAGACCAGCUGGAGCAGUCUAGCAAGCUGGUGGAGAGCGCCAUCCAGUCCAUGGAGGAAGAGGCAGGAGCUGCUUUUCUCAUGUCUGCCAAGCAGCUCAUUAAAACAAUUAUCGAGGCAUCAAAGGGUGCUCAACUGGAGAAGAUUGAGCCAGGUUUUGAAAACAUGGAUUAUUUUACCAUAGACCUGGAAAACAUCGCAGAAGCCUUGAGAAGCCUUGACUUUGAGGCAGAUGAGGAAGAUGAAGAGCUGAAUGAGGAAGAAGAAACAGAAGAGGGAGACCCACAAGAUGAGAAGGUGGAUGGUCCUCAGUAACAAAGGAGGAGAGGAAAAUGAAUUAUUCCAGAGGGGAAGGAGAAAUUCUGCCUGUACGGACUGGGAAGAUUUGGGGAGGGGGAGGAAGAGGGGUGUAGUGGGGUGGGACGCCCAAACUGAAUGCCCAACAAGCAAUGAGGAAAAGGAGCAGGACGAAGUUCAGCUGAAGAAGAGCCAUUUGCGAUGUGGAAUUCUUGGCAGUCCAGAAAGAAUACUUGCACAAGGACACUUUUAUACACGGGUGCAAAAUGGAACCUUUCAUACAUUUUAUAUGUUGUUGGUGUGUGUGUUUUUGUACAUAAUUGUCAUGCACUUGAAUUUUUUUUUGUAAAGAAAAAAAGAUAAGCUUUUUCUCCCCUCAGGGUUUUUUUUGGGGGGGAGGGAGCAUUCAGAGCACCCUUCUGCAGACCGAAGGAUGCCAAUUCUGGGAAUUAGUUAGAGUUUCUUUGCACUGCUUAGACUGGUAGGAAAAAUGGGAAAGUUUUAGUGUUGGUAGACCUUAGCAAACCAACCGUACCAAUAGUUUUAGUCAACUUUUUUUGAUCUAGGAAGAAGGAUCUGAUAAAAUAAUAUUAUCUGCCUCAAUGCCUGUAGCUGAACUUUAAAAGGUGUCUGCCAAUUUUACUUCUUUGUUGUAUAUAGUUAAAAUAAAAUGAAUUCCAGUUUUAUCUCAA